GCUGGUAAAGAACGCAUACAUGCUUGAUUAUCUGACGGAAGCAAAUGAAAACAAAUUUUGUUGUCUUUGAGCAGACCGAUUUUGGACGCAAAAAAAGAAGAUGCCGUCCAUAAUGGCAGAUCUAAUGUCUCUUAUAGAUGUUCAUAUUCCUGAUGGCCAACAGUCAUUACAAGACAGUCAUUCAAAUUUGGAAAAAGUGGCUGAAUAUUGUGAAGCUAAUUAUUUCCAGGCAGAGAAUAAGCGUGGAGCUCUUGAAGAAACAAAAAAUUAUACCACUCAAUCUCUUGCUAGUGUUGCAUACCAAAUAAAUACUCUGGCAUAUAAUCUGUUACAUAUGUUGGACUUGCAAACUACUCAGUUGACAGAAAUGGAAUCUCAGAUUAAUCAUAUAUCACAAACUGUAAUGAUUCACAAAGAAAAGAUUGCCAGGCGAGAAAUUGGAAUUCUCACUACAAAUAAGAAUACAACACGACAACACAAGAUACUUGCUCCUGCCAAUCAAGAACGGCCAAUCAAAUACAUACGGAAACCAAUUGAUUAUACAGUUUUAGAUGAUAUUGGACAUGGAGUAAAGAGCACAAGUAAUACUCCUCGAUCAAAACGCACAUUAGCUCCAGUGCACCAAUCUGCAUUAAAUGGGAGCAGUGCUGGUCCUGCCCCAACUACCAAGCCUCCAACUCCACCACAGCCAGUGAGAGCUGGUGGUAGCUUAUCCCGUGGUACAAAAGAAUACAGAACUCCAGCUCCUCCUAUUGCACCUCCUCAAGUUCCAAGCAAUUAUGCUCCUAAUUUUCCAAUUGGACAUCCUCGAUCACAAGAAAUGAGAAGAGGUAGUGGGUAUUCAACAUUGCCAAUGGCAUUUUCCACACAGCAGUCACAAAGCUCAUUGCCCCCGCAACCACAGGUUGGGAUGGUUCAUCCUAUGACACAUGGCCAUCAUUCAAAUACUAUUGGACCAUCAUCUCCUAUUCCUCCACCACCAGAUAUGAACGACAAAUUACCAGAACCUCCUAUGCAUGUUUCCACAGAUUUUGCUCAUCCUGGGAAUAUUUCACCACCAUUACCUCCACCUCCUCCUGAUGAUGAUAACUUGUAUCAUGAGAACUAUAAUCCCCCAUCUCCACCAUAUCCACGUCGUCAUGGACACCCUGAUUGGGUACCUAAAAACUACUUAGAAAAAGUUGUGGCUAUAUAUGAUUACCAAGCAGAUAAAGAAGAUGAACUUUCUUUCUCUGAAAAUUCCAUUAUAUAUGUUAUUAAGAAAAAUGAUGAUGGUUGGUAUGAAGGCAUAAUGGAUGGAGUUACAGGUCUUUUCCCUGGAAAUUAUGUUGAACCAUGUAUGUAGAUUAAAUAUUCUUCCUUCUCAAGAAGAGAGAUGCUGUUUUGAAACUGAUUUAAGUAAAGAACAUCCAAGACAUUGUUAAAAACAUCUCUAAAGAAGUUUGUUUCAUAUGUAAUUUCUUUUAUCCAAGGUCAAAAUAUUUAAUCCUUAUGUUUCCUGCCUUUUUAUUAUUUAUAUUUGGAAUAAAGAUGAAGUAAUAUUCAUUAUAGCAUGGAAUAUUUCUAUAUGUGAUAGUUCUUUAUUGGAAAUAUAUUAGGAUUCUAUAAUAUCCUUUUUAUCUUUUUAUUCUUAUUUAUGAAAGAGAAGACUGAAUACAUUUUAAAUAAGAAAUUGUGUCAGUUUUAUAUGUUGCUUUUCUGUUGUGGUAUGUUACAUUUCAUAUUUUUAUACAAGUUUAUUUAUGUUUUCAUGUAGCAAAACCUUGACCAUUUAUGUAUAGUGAUUCUGUGUUUAAUAUGACUUGUAAAUAAAAUUAAUACUUGGUUUAAAAUGUGAAUUGUUUUGUUCAGCUACUAAUUGGCAAAUAAGUUUUUGAAUAUUUUUUUUUUUUUUAACUUUCCAUGUAAUUUUAUAUUCUGUAGAGAUUAAAUUACAAUAAUUGCCAGACAUUAUAAUUUAGAAGAUGGAGAAGACAUGGGUUAUAGCAUUGAAUGUUGUACAUAUUUGGAUUAGUCCAUGUAUCUUAAUCCACUUUGAAUUGCCAAAAGUUGAAAGAAAACAUAUCCAGUGGUAAAGAGCUCUCCACAAAAAUGUUUAAGAAACUAAGCAGUAUUUUGAAAAUGAUGGUUUGUAAAACGAUGAUGAUCCUUACACAUUUUUCUAACUUGAUAUUGAUAAUUUUUUUUCUGGUUAAUGCCAAAUUUAUUCCUCAUGAAAAAUAUAUACAUAUGUAAAUUUAGCAGAUCAUUAUAAAGUGUCUCUGAAAUGUGUUCAUGUAUAUUUCAUAAAAUCAUGUUUUUACUAAGAAAUCUGAAUUGAUUACUUAAAAUUCUUCAUUUUAUACAUGUCAAUAAUUUAGAAUUUGAAUAAUUUAUUGAGAAAUGCCACUAAAUAUCUUAACUUUACAUUAAAAAAAAACAUUUAUUUAUUGCUUCAUGUUUGAUGUUGCUGGUGUUAGAUUUUGAAUAUUUUAAAAUAUUUUGAUAUAAAACUUACUAUUAUUAAAAAAUUAAUAUUUUCCGAAAGUACAUCUCUAAAAAAAACUACAUUUUUUAAAAAAGGAACAAGAAAUUAAGUGUCAUUAGAUUGUGGCUACAUAUAUAAGUUUUUGUAAUAAUUAGUUAAAUGGUAUA